UCCGGUGGGGGCGGGGCUCGGCGGAGCCUAGAACGGCCGGAGAGGUGCAGGGGAGCUUCCCCUCGUCGUUCCCCGCGUGCUCCGAGGAGCCUGCCUGGGGUGCGGCUGGGGCACGGGGAGGUUAAAGGCUAAGCAUGGGGAAAAGCUGCAAAGUGGUCGUGUGCGGCCAGGCCUCGGUGGGCAAAACUUCAAUCCUGGAACAACUUCUGUAUGGGAACCAUGUGGUGGGUUCUGAGAUGAUUGAGACACAGGAGGACAUCUAUGUGGGCUCCAUUGAGACAGACCGGGGUGUACGGGAACAGGUGCGUUUCUACGAUACCAGGGGACUCCGAGAUGGGGCCGAACUGCCCCGGCACUGCUUCUCCUGCACCGAUGGCUAUGUUCUGGUCUACAGCACGGACAGCCGAGAAUCUUUUCAGCGUGUGGAGCUGCUUAAGAAAGAGAUUGACAAAUCCAAGGACAAGAAGGAGGUCACCAUUGUAGUCCUUGGCAACAAGUGUGACCUACAGGAGCAGCGGCGUGUGGACCCAGACGUGGCCCAGCAUUGGGCCAAGUCAGAGAAGGUGAAGCUGUGGGAGGUCUCAGUAGCUGACCGCCGCUCCCUCCUGGAGCCCUUUGUCUACCUGGCCAGCAAGAUGACCCAGCCCCAGAGCAAGUCUGCCUUCCCCCUCAGCCGCAAGAACAAAGGAAGCGGCUCCUUGGAUGGCUGAAGAGGUGCCAUUCCUUCUUAAAUCGCCCCUCCCAAGCCAUUCCAGCUCUGGGCUCUGGAAUUUUUGAAGGCAAGGGUGGUGGUAGACAAGCUGUCCUACCCAGUCAGCAGGGGGCGCUCUGCACUAGGCCAACCUGCCAGGCUGACCAGGCCCUAGCCACGCUGCUCCUUUUCAACUUAAAGUGCCCCCUCUUCUUUACUGCCCCCACUUCCACUGCCCACCCCCCUUUCCUCCCAGCUUUCAUCAUAUCUGCUCUAUUGUCACCUGGGGACAUUGUGGGUCGGUAUCCCUCCCAUCUGCCCCACGCAGGAAGCAGAGCUACCACGCAGAAGUGCCCAGACUGGGAUUCAGUU